AUGAAAACAGAACCUGAUGACGAUCAGACUGUAGGUAGUUCAGGUACCGCUGCUGGACUGGUCAUUGUUGCGACGAUUAAUGCUGCCAGACUCGCACUGAUUGCUGCUCAUGGAAACCGGACGGGCGUCCGAGUCGGAGGCAAAUCACACAGGGAAUUGAUUCUGCGCUGCAGGUGGCCCUCUGGGCCUCUGCCCGGUGCGCACCCAGCCGAGUGUCAUAUCAUGCACGAUUCCGUGGUUGCUUCUCACUGGCGUCCCGCCGCCCACGAUCCCCGUGGCGGGCCGCUGGCCACCAAGCAGACGGCGCUUAAACUCAAGGAGUCGCGAGCCAAUUUUGGCGGGAUGGAGCAGCAUGGUUCAUCUAGCUAA